AUUUAUUAUUAUUAUUAUUAUUAACAAUUUAUUUAUUUAUUUGAAAGGUUAAAUUACACAGAGGGAUAGAGGUAGAGGGAAAGAAGUCUUCUAACUGCUGGCUCACUCCCCAAAUGCCUGCAAUGGCCAGGACUGGGCCAGACAGAAGCCAGGAGCCAGGGGCCUUAUCUGGGUCUCCCAUGUGGCUGCAGGGGUCCAAGCACUUGGGCCAUAUUCUGCUGCUUUCCCAGGAGCAGUAGAGGGAUCUGGAUGGGAGCUGAAGCAGUUGGGACACAAACCAGUGCCCAUAUGGGUUGCUGGUGCUGUAGGUGACAGCUCAACCUGCUAUACCACAGCACCAGCCCCCAGUUUUUUUAUUUUAUAUUUGGCAGAAAUGCUUAAAAUUUUUCACAAGUCUAUUUUCUCAUUCUUAUAACUUUAUAUUCUACUUUUCACUGAAUCUUCAGCAUGCCCUGAAAUUGUCAUCUUCUCUUAUCAGUUAUCAAUUCUGCUUUUGAAAGACUGCCUCCAAACAUAAGAGAUUUGUCACAGCAAAAUGUCAUAAAAACACCAAAUUACUAAACUCUUUAAUGGAAAUACAUGCAGGAAUUCAAGAAAGCAAAGACCAGUAGGGAAAACUUAAGUUUAGUAUUUUCAUUAUUGCAAAUCAUGAGCAUAUCCUUCUUUGGAAAAGAGUAUACUUUUUAAAAAUUAUUGCUUUAAAACAACUGGUAAUGGGAUUAUUCUCUUUAAUCCAUCAUAUUUUGGAUACUAUCCUUCUGGUGCUUGAUCUAAUUUGUAGGAAUAUUAGCCCUCCUUUUUAUGUUAAAAGUAACAUACAGCAAAUAUCAUGGUUUGGUAAAUAUCUCCAAGCAUUUUAACUCACUUUCAGACUUGUGUAUAAUCAUCAAUGCAAUCAGGAUACAUAAGAGAUACACAAACUACCAAAAUCCUUUGAUCUAACCCUUUAGAAUUCAUCUCUGUCCACUUCAAACUUCUGAAAAACACUUAUCUGUCUCCACAAAUAUAUUUUUUCAAGAAUAUCAUAUUAAUUGAAUCAGAUAGUGUGUAAUCUUUUGAGAAUGGUUUCUUUCAUUUGACGUGACUUGGAAAUUUAUCCAAAUGAUAUUUUUCCUUUUUUGCUAAGUAGUAUCCUAUUGCAUGGAUAUAGUAGUGUGUUUAUCAGUAUACUUGUUGGAUGAUAUUUGCAAUUCCUAAAGUAUGUGGCAAUUAUGAAUAGAGGUGCUAUAGACAUUAAUGUAUAGGCAUUUAAGUAAAUAUAAGUCUUCAUUUCUUCAGGAUUAAUACCUAGGUGUAGUGUUGCUGGAUCAUGUAGCAAAUGGAAACAAGUGAUAAAGACACAAUACUGGGAGCUCAAUUGAUGACAGAAUCAAUAAAAUUUUAUUAGAUGCGGUAUGAUUAGAGGAAGAAGGCUAAGAGUAAUACCAUGUUGCAGACAGGAGAGACUAGGUGGAUGGUGGUGUCAUUUCCCAGAUACAAAAUGUAAGAGUAGUUGUCAAGGAAUAGGAUGAGGUUGAUAUGAAUGAGGCGCUGGUGGAAUUUCCAAAAGGAGGGUCCUGAUAUGUAACUGAAACUAUAGAUCUAGACCUUAGCGCAGAGAUUCACCCAGGAGUCAUGGUUUCAAAUGAAUUUAUACAUAAAUAUUAGAGAUGAAAAAUACUUAACUGAGGUCCCAGAGACUGAGUUUGAACAAUUUACAUUUUAUACAAACAGGAAUGAGCAACCACAAGAAAAGAAGCCUCAAUCCUAUAAACCAUCUUUCUUUACAGAUUGGGCAGAAGAUGAAGUCACAGUCACAGUAAAUAAAUGUCAGAAAUAACAAACAGAAACUAGGAAUGUGUGUAAUGAACUUAUUAAAAAAUAUUUGAAUCUCCCUCAACAGGAACAAGUCACAGAGGAGAUGGAGGUUGGAAACCACAGCACUGUGACAGAAUUCAUCCUUGUGGGGUUGACAGAGGACCCUACACUUUGUGUCAUCUUCUUUGUGAUGUUUCUAGGAAUCUAUGUUGUCACUUUAGUAGGCAAUGUCAGCAUAAUCACUUUAAUAAGAAGCUGCUCCCACCUUCACACCCCCAUGUACCUCUUCCUCAGCCAUUUGGCUUUUGUGGACAUUGGAAUUACCACAUCAGUCACACCUAUAAUGCUUAUGGGAUUCCUUGGUCAUGGAAUAGUUCUUCCUGUCAUUGGCUGUGAAGCCCAGCUCUAUUCUGUGGUGAUGUUUGGGACAGCUGAGUGCUUCCUGCUGGCUGCCAUGGCCUAUGAUCGUUACGUGGCCAUCUGCUCACCCCUGCUCUACUCCACCCACAUGGCCCCUGGAGUCUGCACUGUCUUCGUGGCGGCCUCCUAUCUGGGUGGCUGUGUGAAUGCUUCCACGUUUACUAGUUCUUUAUUGAGCGUUUCCUUCUGUGGACCGAAUCAGAUAGAUCACUUUUUUUGUGAUUUCUCCCCUUUGUUGAAACUUUCCUGCUCAGAUGUCUCCAUUACUGAAAUUAUCCCUUCCAUCUCUUCUGGCUCCAUCAUCGUGGUCACAGUGUUUGUCAUAGCUGUCUCCUACAUCUGCAUCCUCAUCACCAUCUUGAAGAUGCACUCCACAGAGGGGCACCACAAAGCUUUCUCUACCUGCACCUCUCACCUCACUGCAGUCACUCUCUACUAUGGGACGAUUACCUUCAUUUACGUGAUGCCCAAGUCCAGCUACUCACUUGACCAGAACAAGGUGAUGUCUGUGUUCUACACGGUGGUGAUCCCCAUGUUGAACCCCCUCAUUUAUAGUCUGAGGAACAGGGAUGUAAAGGAGGCUCUGAGAAAGAAAAUUGUCAAAAUAUGUAUUCUAGGAUCCAUUCUUUGUAUUUAAGAUGAACUGUAUAGUUUUCAUCUACUCAUGUCACACUUAGUACGUACUCAGAGGCUGCUUAACUGACUGCUUUAAUUUUAAUCAUAUUUCUUUGUGCUAAAUAAUCUCAAUAAAUUUGUGUUUCAAUUAAAAGACAGCUUAGCAUCAGUAUUAAAGGUAGUAAUAAUUACCACUAUUGUUGAAUUCCUAAGGAUACCAAAACAUUUUUCCUUUAUUUUAUUUAGCAAACAAUAAUUUGUGCUCACUAUGUGCCAGGUCCCAUUCUAAGUGCAUUAUGCAAUGAACUCAUUUAUUCUUCACAACAUCCCCAAAAGGUGCACCAUUAUUUGUGUUUUACAACUAAAUCACAUGGCCAUAGAAAUGUUAAGUACAACCCCAGUUACGCAGAUGUGGAAUUAGUAUUUUAAUCCAGAAAGUCUGGUUCUAAAGCCACCAUGAUUC